AUGAGUCUAAAGAAGUUGAGCAUAAUGAACGUUGAUGUUAGAGGGAAGCGCGUGUUGAUGAGAGUCGAUUUCAACGUUCCCAUGAAAGAUGGCAAGUGCACGAAUCCCCAAAGAAUUGUCGCUGCCGUACCCACAAUUAAACUUGUUCUUGACAAAGGAGCUAAGAGUGUCGUCUUGAUGUCACAUAUGGGUCGUCCCGACGGCCAGCCUAACAUGAAAUAUUCAUUGCAACAAAUUGUCAAGGAUGUAGAAAAGGAGCUGGAAAAACCCAUUACAUUCCUGAAGGAUUGUGUGGGCCCCGAAGUCGAAGCAGCUUGUAAGGAUCCUACCCCAGGAACAGUUUUUCUUCUGGAGAAUCUGCGUUUUCAUGUAGAGGAAGAGGGUAAAGGUUUGGAUGCCACUGGAAAUAAGGUUAAGGCUGAUUCUGGAAAAGUUGAAGAAUUUAGCAAAAGUUUGACCGCUCUUGGUGACAUUUAUGUCAACGACGCCUUCGGAACGGCCCAUCGUGCUCACGCAUCAAUGGUUGGCUGUAAACUUCCACAAAGAGCUGCUGGUCUCUUGUUGAACAAGGAACUUGAAUACUUUGCAAAGGCACUUGAGAGUCCAACCCGACCUUUUCUUGCUAUCCUUGGGGGCGCAAAAGUAACUGACAAGAUCCAACUCAUUAACAAUAUGCUGGAUAAAGUUGACGAGCUUAUCAUUGGCGGUGGUAUGGCUUUCACCUUCCUAAAGGUGCUUAACAACAUGAAAAUCGGCAAAAGUCUAUUCGAUGAAGCUGGUGCUAAGACGGUGCCCCAAAUCAUGGAGAAGGCCAAAGCGAAGGGCGUGAAGGUUCACCUUCCGUCCGAUUUCAUCACCGGUGACAAAUUUGCCGAGGACGCCAAAGUUGGUACAGCUACGAUUGAGUCAGGCAUCGAAGAUAAUUUAAUGGGUCUUGAUUGCGGACCAACGUCAUCCAAGGAAUUCGCUGACGUGAUUAGCCGGGCCAAGACUAUCAUCUGGAAUGGUCCAGCCGGUGUCUUUGAAUGGUCCAACUUCGCUAAUGGCACCAAAGCUGUCAUGGACGCCGUUGUAGCUGCCACUAGCAAGGGUGCAAUCACUAUUAUCGGUGGUGGUGACACCGCCACUUGUUGCGCCAAGUGGAACACCGAGUCAAAAGUCAGCCACGUGAGCACUGGAGGCGGCGCCAGUCUCGAGCUGCUGGAAGGCAAAGUUCUACCUGGCGUGUCGGCGCUUUCAGACGCUUAA